GGGAAGGCUCUUUUGAUCCUGCCAGCUCACCUUAGCAUUCACUGAUAGAGUCAUCCAUCCAUCAUGGCCAGUCAAACUCACUUCAAGCUGAACACCGGUGCAUCUAUGCCCGCUAUCGCCUUUGGAACAUGGGCUGGUUUGACGAAGGAAGAACGCUUGGCCGCCAAAUUGUGGAUUAUCAGUGCAUUGCAAGCUGGCUACAGACACCUCGACACCGCAUGGUUCUACGGUACAGAGGUCUCUGUCGGCGCCGCAAUUCGAGAAUCUGGGAUUCCUCGCGAGGACAUAUUCGUCACCACGAAGCUUCCCUGGCAUCACUGUGGCAAGGUCGCAGAAUCCAUUAAUCAGAGCCUCACCAACCUUGGGCUUGACUAUGUGGAUUUGUACCUUAUCCACUGGCCUCAAGCUAUGAAAUUCUACUCUGACGAUAAUUCGAUGCCGAGGACGGCUAGCGGAGACCUGGAAGUUGUUGAAUUCCCGACCUUCGUAGAGACAUGGGCGGCCAUGGAGCAGGUUCUGGCGAGUGGCAAAGCAAAAGCGAUCGGGGUCAGUAAUUUCUCUAUCAAGCACCUCGAGCGACUGCUACAGACUGCAAAAGUGGUGCCAGCUGUCAAUCAAGUCGAAUUGAACCCGCUGCUCACGCAGAAUGAUCUUGUCGCUUACUCCGAAUCCAAAGGCAUUCGUGUUGCGGCAUACACGCCCAGCGGCUACGCGGCCGUUAGAGAGCACCCGACAAUACUCGAAUUAGCGACCAAGUAUCACUCUACAGCCAAUCAGAUCACAUUGGGAUGGCAUUUAGCUCGAGGGGUUGCGGUGGUGACUGCCAGCAAGAAUACCGAGAGGCAACAAGAGAACUUGAAGCCCGCUACCUUGGAAUGGGCAGAUAUAGAAAAUAUCACGGCAUUGAACCGUAAUCUGAGGCAGCCUCUCCCAACUAAUGAGAAUGGCAAAGUGAUGGGCUGGACUCUCGAACAGUUGGGUUGGUAAAGUACGCCGAGCUGCAGUGCUUCGUGUGUGAGCUGCUUGAGGUACCUACAUCGAAUGCAUCACACGUAUGAAAGGUACCAGCAGGUACC